UCAACCUUGGAAGUGUUUUGGCAGGCAGUCUGUGAAAAAGUUACAAUCGAUUCAACGAAAAUGGUCAGAAAACUACUGAGGAUCCAACAUUUAUUUGCUCAACUAACUGGCAGGUUAAGAAGUGAAGAGGAUGAGUUUGAAAUUUUGUCAUCACUUCACCCAAGUCCCGCAGUUUGUGGAUUUCCAACAGAAGAGGCACAACUUUUAAUUGCAGAAACAGAAGUGUUUGAUCGAGGAAUGUAUGCUGGACCUGUUGGUUGGUUUGGAGGAGGAGAGAGUGACUUUGCCGUUGGCAUCAGAUCAGCAUUGGUGGAACAGGAACUAGGUGCUUUGAUAUAUGCAGGGACAGGAAUAGAUGAAGGAAGCAAUCCAUACUUGGAGUGGGAUGAGCUAGAACUCAAGACAUCUAAGGAGUGUUUGUCUGUCAAUGCAUACAUUCACCGCAAACGAUUGCUAGCAAUUCACCAAGUUGCUUAAACUGGACUUGCCGAUCUCAAACAAAAAGUAGACUGUAAAUGAGCUCCAUCAACCGAUAAGAUUGGAGGUGUUAAUUAUUAUUUAUGCAGAUAAACUUCUUCGAUAGCCUUUUGUUAUGUUUCAUUUACGUGAUUAUUUUAGAUAUCGCCGUUUCCUUGUGCUUAUGUGACGUUCGAUUACAACAACAAUCAAGUCUUAUCCCAAAGGGUUACAGAGCAUGGCAUAUUACCUAAACAAAAAUUGGUAGUUAUGGAGAGGGAGCUUUGGACUAAAAAAAUAAAAAGAGAACAUUGUU